CCGAGGCGGCUGGAGCGUCGCCAGGGCGCCACAAGUGCCGCAGGAGCCGCCGGGAGCGGUCAGACCGCCUCAUUAACCACUCGCAAACCACCGCGGUUUUACAGUUGACCUUGCCUUAGUCCUCUUGACCUAGUUGAGCAUGUCACCUCGGCGGGCCUAGGGGGCGGGGCGAGGGCUGCGGCCGGGGGCGGAGUCUCCAGGAUGGCCUCGCGUGGGCUGCGCCGCAAGAAGUCCUCACUCCAGGAGGUGAAGCUCGCAGUCGUCGGUGCACCGUCGGUGGGGAAAAGCGCCCUCACGGUGCGCUUCCUCACCAAACGGUACAUCGGCGAGUACGACCACCAGCAAGAUUGCAAGUACAAGCAUGAGGUGUUGCUAGACGGAGAGCCGAUACUGUUCGAGAUCCUGGACACCUGUCCCAAGUCGCUAGAAGAGCUGCCAGGCAGCGAGGUGGCGGCGUGGGCGGACGCGCUGUUCCUCGUGUACUCCAUCACGGACCGCGCCUCCUUCACGUACGUGCGCCGGGCGCGGCAGUCGCUGCAGCUGCCGCCGGACGUGCCGCUCGCCCUGGUCGGGAACAAGGCCGACAUGGUGCAUCUGAGACAGGUGAGCGGCGAGGAAGGCGAGAUCCUGGCCAAAGACUUCGAAUGCACGUUCAAGGAGGUGGCGGCGGCGGAGCAGGUGAGCCAGGUGGGCGAGGUGUUCCUCGAGGUGAGCCGCGAGGUGCUGGCCCUGCGGCGCCGCUGCAAACACAGCCUGUUGGACCGCAUGCUCGGCAACAAGACCGCCCGAGCCUACGCACGGGGCAAGAGCGACUCCGCACUACCCAAGGAAUGACCCACGCCGCCUCGCGGCUUCUCUUGCGACUGCCUGUAGUCACGCGGAGCGGCAGCACUGUCGACUGUGUUUGACAGCGAAACAAGAUGGCGGGUUUGAAUUGGCCAAUCAGAAUGCAGCUUUGGAGUACAGUCGAUAGUGCUUGUGUUGAGCGGAUGGUUUAAUUGUUUCGUUCCCGUUCAGUAUUGAUUUGUUACAGAUGAACUUAUUUUUAUAGUUUCCUUUUCUAUUCAUACCGUAAUAGCGUAUUUUUAUGUACUUAGUAAAUUUUAUUUCGUUGUUAAUCAUAGUAUUAAUGUUUAAUUAAGAAUACUUAUUGUUGAGUAAGUACCGUUAUUUGUUGUUUUUCGGAGAGAGAUGUGUGUAUGGGGGGUGCAAAGGAGGGGAUAGAGGAAAAUAUAAAGAUAUGUGCACUGCACGACACAGACAGGAAUUCAUAGUUUAAUAACUUACAUAAACAAUUAUAAUAUAGGCAAUGAUUAAGUAGAUAAGAUUUUAUUGAGAUCAUCAAAUUAUAAUAAUUAAGUUUUAUUAUUUAUUUAAUUCAAUUCUGCGACUCUGGAUGUUUUGGGAAGAUGCAACGUAAAUCCAAUAAAUAAAAACCAGCCAAGUGCGAGUUGGACUCGUGCAUGAAGGAUUUCAUACCAUUACAUACAUAGAUUAAAUAAAUAAGAAAAUUGAUAUUUUAAACACUUAUAAAUACUACUUACUUAAAUUCAAUUACCACACAAUUACUUACCAAGUUUCAACAACAAAAUAGUUCUUAAAGUUUCGAAAAUAGUCUCAGUGCUGACUUUUCAUUUGUAUAAAAAUUUCAGGUUUCAAUUUAGGUACUGUAUCUCUUUCCUGAAACGCCCAGUGUCCAUUCAGAACAGUUUGCUCUGCAUACCUGCUUGGGUAGGUAGGUACUUAUCACUUUGCUUUACUGUACACUCGUAUUAUUUUAACAUCAAGGAACAGAACAAUCUUAUUCAAUGAAAUUCAUAAGAACCGUCCAUUACAAUAUUUUAUGUAAAUUACAGCGAAAAAUGACGAUUUCAUUAAGCCGGCGUUUAUUUUAUAUCAUCAAGUAACAGAAAAAUACAUACCGUUCAUAAUAAUAAUAUAAAUCAGUUCCAAGUCCAAUAAUUAAUUAUGUCAAAAACAGCAACUUAAAAUGAGGAAUUCGGUAAUAAUUGUUGAUUGGGGAGCCGCACGUUAUCUGCGGUGGUACUUCAGUCGAGUCGGACACAUCACACACACACCACAAAUUGUAUUAAUCGUAAUUUUCAUAAUGCAAACUCCAAUAAUUCGACAAAAAGCCUGGGCGGUUGUUCUCUAAAUCGACGAACGAAUGAACAAGAAUUGACACGCAAUCGGCACGCUUAAUACAACGAGAUAGAGCCUGGGGUAGUAGCACGGUGUGCAAUUAAGACGUGACAAAAGUUUUGCAUCGCGCUCGCUCAGAUCAGCCAGCCUCAAGAGCGAGCGCGACGGAGAACUCUUGUCACGUCUUAAACGCGCCCCGUGCUAGUCCUUCUGGUUGGCGCAGCACACCGAAACUUCGGAACAACAAAAAGAUCGUUAAUCUCGACUCUAUCUCGCUGUGUUAAGAGUGCCGAUUGCGUGACAAUUCUCGUUCUGUCGUUCGUCGAUUUAGAGAGUGACCCCCCUGCCUGAUAUUUGAUGACGUAACACGUAAAACUUCAUUAAUUUCAAACUCAGUAAAUUUUUCGUCGAUCAAAAUGACAAGCGGUUGUAACUCAAAAUAGUAUAGGUUUUAGCAGGAGGUGAUUCUGUAAGCAUUAGGUACAUGAUAUUUUUUUCAAUCAUUAGUAGGAACUACUAAAUACUCACUAUCUGAGCGUUCACUAGACUAGGCCGAUGCUUCUUAAAAAAAUAAAUAAAAAUG